AUGAAUGAUUUUGAAUUAUUAUUCGAUCCUAUUCGAGAACACUAUAGAACAACAUUUUCUCGAAUUGAACGUUUAGUUAAUCGAAGAAAAAAUUAUUCAAUUGAUGAUGCUUAUAUUAAUUUGUCAAUUGUUGAAAGUAAAGAACUAUCAUCAAAAGAAGAAAAAUUUCAUUCAGAUGCGAAUUAUACAACCUUUGAAGAAAUUUACGGGACAAAACGCCCUAUUAAAAUUCAGCAACUAUUCAAUGAUAAUCGUAAACGCCUGUUAGUACUUGGGCGAGCAGGGAUUGGAAAAACAACAUUUUGCCAGUAUAUUGCUUAUCAAUGGGCCAGUGGAAAGUUAUUUCAACAAUUCAAAUGUAUUCUGUGGAUUCGAUUUCGUUUUUUAAAUGAUACACGUUAUCCAAAAAAGUUGAAUAAUGAAGACGCAUCAGCACUCAAGUGCUGCAACAUAGAACGUGAAAACAAGAACGCAGCAGAAUAG